AUGGCGGCUGUAGCAACCGACACGGAACCAUGUAGCGAGGUCGGUUCCAACAUUCUUCGUUACCAGAACGGCACAGCGGUCGAUGCGGCUAUUGCGACGCUUCUUUGCAUUGGCGUCGUCAGUCCGCACUCGUCGGGUAUCGGUGGGGGCGCGUUUUUUCUCAUCUACGACGACGACACUCGCAGUGCUGAAGCGAUUGACGCAAGAGAGGUGGCACCUGAAGCUGCUAACGUAACGAUGUACGUAAACGCUCCAGAUUUGUCGCUAACAGGAGGACUUGCUGUAGCCGUACCGGGAGAACUCAAGGGUAUGGAAGCGGCACACAAAAACUACGGUCGUCUACCAUGGAAAGACCUAUUUCUUCCCGCAAUUCAAUAUGCGCGAAACGGGGCUCGUAUUUCUCCCAACAUGGCGCACGCUAUAUCAAUUAGCAGAGAAGAAAUUUUGAAAGACCCGGGGAUGACUACACUUCUGUCGCGAAAAGACGGUCACCUUCUAGUUCAAGACGACAUCGUGCGUAACGCUCCACUAGCGAGCACUCUAGAAGCGAUAGCUAGUCAAGGAGUUGAUGCUUUCUACUGCGGUGCCAUUGCCGAAAAACUCGUAGCCGACAUCAAUGAGAGAGGCGGUCACAUGACUUUAGACGAUCUAUGCCGGUAUCGAGUCAAACACAAAGAACCACUGGCUAGUCAAUAUCGCGGUCACGUGGUUCUCGGUGUUCCUCCUCCGGCCGGCGGAGCAGUUCUCGCUCAAAUGCUCAAUAUCGUCGACGGAUUUCCGGAAAGCGACGAAACGAGAUUCUCGUCGGGAUACCACGAACUCGUAGAAGCGGCGAAAUUCGCGUAUUCGCAGAGACUCAAACUUGGCGACCCCGACUAUUACAAACGUGUCGAAAAGGUGAUGAAAACGAUGUUGAAUGCAAAGAUAGCAGACAAAAUGAGAGCUCGUAUUAAUCCAAAUCGCACGUAUAGUCGUGGUCACUACCGAGUACGACAAUAUUCUACAUUUGACCACGGAACGACGCACGUUAGCAUACUUGCUCCAAACGGAGACGCAGUAGCAGUCACGUCUACCAUCAACUACUACUUUGGAGCAAAGAUGCGGUCUCCACAAACGGGAAUUUUACUAAACAACCAAAUGGACGAUUUCUCGACUCCCGGUCACUCGAACGUGUACAAUCUAGCACCAGCGCAGUCAAACUUCAUACAUCCAGGUAAGCGUCCGCAGUCUUCCAUGACUCCGACCAUCAUUCUCGACCGUCAAAAUAAUACAAAAAUGGUAAUUGGAGCAUCCGGGGGAUCGAGGAUUACAACGGGGGUAGCACAAGUCAUCCGGGAUGUGCUAGGCUAUAAAGACAGCGUCGGAAAAGCUAUCAAUCGUCCACGGUGUCAUCAUCAGAUGCUACCCAAUAAAGUCUUCGUCGAAUCUUCUUUUCCACUCGAGGGCUACCUUGCACUGCAAAAGAGAAGGCACAGAGUGUCCGUGAGCAAGAUUACGAGUAUUGUACAGGCAAUUUUACAACAUCAAGACGAUAAAAUUUCGGCAGCAAGCGACCCACGAAAAGGCGGAAAACCUCACGGAUUCUAGACAUUAAUCUAAAAUCUAGACUUUAGCAAUGUUAAUUAAGCGCAUGCGUAUAGCGUAAAUUUUAAACUACACUAAAGAUAUUUAAAAAUUUAGUCUAGAAUUACA